AAAACAUAGCAGAUAUAGGUGGUUUAAGUCAUGCUUAUAUGGCAUACCAAAAAUACGUAUCGAAACAUGGAGCAGAAAACCGGCUACCUGGAUUAGAGGAUCUGUCACCCGAACAAUUAUUUUUUGUAGGAUUCGCUAGUAUAUGGUGUGAAUCGACAACUGAACAGGCAUUAUUAAAUGAUUUAUUGACCGACGUCCAUAGCCCGGGUAAAAUUCGAGUAUUAGGAACCUUAUCGAAUUCUAACGAAUUCGCUAAAGCUUUUCGAUGUCCAAUCGGGUCUCCCAUGAAUCCGUCGGAAAAAUGUAAAAUUUGGUAAAAUGUUAAAACAAUUGAAUAAAUAUUUUUUUUCAAUUUAUGUA